UUAUGACUGGUAAAAGCGAUGAAGAAUCAAUUUCAGCUAAAAAUAAUAACACAGAAGCAGAUUACUCUGAUCUUUAUCCAGGAAGAAAGAAUGCUUCUCCAUCAUCAGAAAGUUGGAUAAGCAAAAUUCCUUUUUUCAGAUCUGAGAGCUUUGACAAGAUUAAAUGUGAAACAAAUGUUUAUAGCUGUUUGAAAGACAGUCCUCUAAUCAAACUUAUGGUAGCAGCAUUAAAAAGUUCAGGAUGUGAAAUUGAUAUUGGUCGUCACAUUUCUUGUGAAAUAUGCGAUGAAAGGGUAACAGGUGGAUAUGAUCAAGCUUUAAAUCAGAUUAUAGUUUGUCAAAAUACUGCUACUACUAAAGGCAGAGUUCACAGCACUUUGGGUCAUGAAAUGAUUCAUAUGUUUGAUUGCUGUCGUAAUAAUGUAGAAUUAAACAAUAUAAAGCACUUAGCUUGCACAGAAAUAAGAGCAGCCAAUUUAUGUCAUUGCAGUUUUCUUGGUGCAUUUGCCAGACAAACUGCUUCACCAUUUAACAUCAAAAAUGCACAUCAGAGAUGUGUCCAGGAUAAAGCUGUUAGAUCAGUAGUUGCCAUAAAAAAUGUGUCACAAGAUGUAGCAAAAGAAGCUGUAAUGCAAGUUUUUGAUAAAUGUUAUAAUGAUUUAGAACCAGUUGGACGACGAAUUCGUAGAAAUUCUCUGGACAUGAAAAAAGCAUAUUUAGAAGGACCAUUAUAUGGGUAUACGGAGUAAUGUAUAUAAUUUAUGAAAAUAUGAAACACAAUCUUAUUUAAAAAUACUAUACAAUUUCGAAAAUGAGAAUAUUAAUGAACGUUAAUAAUGGGAUUAAUAAUAAGUGUACUUAUGAUGGCGUCCUGAAAUAUAUGUAAGUUCACACGGUUAUAUGGAAUAUAAAAAUUAUGGUAAUUUUUAAAACUAUCUAAAUAGAAGAAAAAUAUGUUGCUAUAAAAUCCAUUGCAUAUGAUAUACAAGAACAUAAUAUAGACUACAAGAGUAUCAUUUUCAACUAUGGUAUACAAUAUUACAUUUAGAUCCAGCAGAAUCAUGGCAUUUAAAUGUACAAUUUUUAUUGUAUAAGUUUUAUUCUUACUUUCGCGAAAAAGUAUAUCUAUAGAACAAAAUAAAGAUAUUUUUUUUCUGGUGUUAAUAAA